AUCUGACGUAUGACAUUUUACCUUCUGUUUGUGUAUAAAAAAUUGGAACGGAGCGAAAGUUGAGAGAUAAAAGAUUAGUUUCUUAAAAAUCUGUUACUCAUUUGAAUUCUUUUUCUAAAUCAAUAUGCCUUCUAUGAAGGUCGAAGGAGAUAGUGAUGGUGAUGGCGAUAUGUCCGGCGGGGACACUGAAAGAUCUGGUGGAUCUUCUAGAGGCCCAGAUCGUGAUUCCAGUGCAGAAGAAGCUGAUGAACCUGAUUCCGAUGACUCCUCGGAGAUGGACGAGAGUGAGUGCGAGAGGCGACGAAACGAAUGCCUCGACAAUUUGUCAAACCUGGAGCAUCAGUUCUCAUUACUGAGAGAGCAGCUAUACAACGAGAGAGUGAAGCAUGUAGAAUACCAGCUAGCGGAGGUCCGUGGUGGCCGGUCACAGGAAUAUUUAGGCCCUUUAAGACGACUGCAAGAGAAUAUGAGAGUUAGGAUUGAGGUGGCUGGUAUACUGAAGCAGAUGCGGAUUGAGAAUAUGAAGCAUAUAUAUGAUGCAGAGGAGCAAGCAGCGCAUCAGCAUUUUAAGAGCGAAAAGUGGCUGGUAUACGAGAAUUUAAAAGAAGAACUAUUAGAGAAGAUAAGAAAAAUAGAAGAAGAACGGCAUACGGUAGACCUGUGGUCGUGUGGUGCAGAAUGGGGAAGGAAACGACGGAAGAGGCAGGUCGCGGUAUCACCACCUUACGUGGUCUACAUGCUACCUGAUGCUGACAUCAUGGAGGAUUGGCGACUUGUCAGGAAACUGCUGGAAAGAGCUGAUUAGGUUAACUAUGAGUCGAGUCACACAAAGUUAAUAUUUAUCUACAGAAAGAUAAAACGCUGGUAUUACUGACAUUAAACUGUGCUGUUACUCGUUAGAGUAUAAUUAAUAAUUUUAACGCAAUAUCAGGAAUUAAAGUCUCCUUUAUAUUGUCAAUACAGCAACCGUAUCCAUUAGUUGCAACCGACGAAUUUUAAGUACAACAGAUGGUAACAGUAAAUAAGUAAAUCACAAUAGUUUCGUAAUAGUAACGCAUAAGGAGAAAUUUAGCAAUCAUUUUUAACUAUCGACAAAAUUAUUCGAGACUUAUGACGUAACGGUAUUACAUAUUAUUAUUCUUGUAUUGACUAGUGACUCGACAAAUAUUUUAAAUAAUUACGUUCUAAAGAUAUUUGAAGAUGUUACAUUUUAAAGUCAGUUAUUUAAUAGGUUUUAUUAAACAGAAAAUUACGUUAAACAGUAAUGUACCAAGAAUUCAGCAGAAGGCUUUUCAAUAAAAGUACCAAUGUACUAAAAUGUUUGAAAUUUUCAACAAGUGUUUCUUUUGUUGAAUUUUGAAAUGAAAAGUAUAAUUUAACUUUAAAAAACCUUUGACAGUAAAAAUACCACUGUUUUUAUGACAAGUGUAAUUUUUAUUUUUAUUUAUACUUUUGCAAUGGGAUCGAAAUCUAUUAUUUGUGAUUGUUAAACUUUUUAAAUAGACAACGUGACAACAUAAAGUAAAUUUAAAGCUAUACUUUGUCCAUAAAACUUUGAUUACGUGAUUUUUAAUUAAAAGAAGCGGCUAUGUUACACUACUUAUAGCUAUUCAAAUAUGUCCAAUGUCCCCGCUGCCUUUACCCUUUCAACAUCAUCUUCCUUUUGUCAUCCAUAACUCUAUCAUACGUAAUCUCAGUCAUCACUCCCUUCUUGAUCAUGUCACCUUUCACAACAUCCAUCUCUU